CAACCCUUCCUGGAGAAGGCCUCCAAGUUUGCCAAGAUGAGGACCUCCUUCCACACAGACGUGCCCUGCACAGACCGCGUUGUGGUGCUUCACCGCGUCACGCUGGCAGCGGGGCGGGCGGCGCCAUGGCGAGGCGCAACGCUGUUUCUGGAGGAGGUCAAGGACAACGACAGCUUUUGCAUCUCCCUGAGCUGGGCCAUCGAGGGCAAUGCGGCGCUGAUCGUAGGCGUCUUCCAAGAGAUGGAUGCUGCGGUGGCGUACCUGCAGAACUUUCAAGCGUGGCUGGAUGGGCAGGACGCCGAGGCAUCGUUCCAGGGUCUCCAGUUGGCUUCGGUGCAGCUCCACGCGCGGAACGGCCAGCUGAAAGGGCUCGGCAGAAAGAAUUUGCCCAAGAAUCUCGAGAUCUUCCAAAUUUUCCCGCUGUCUUUCGAAGAUUCCAAGACCACUGAUAGGAGCGCCAGUAUCGAGGACUUUGUGGCAGACGUGGAGCAGAUCCGGCGCUAUUGCCAGGUGGACAAGGCCACGAUUUGUGGGCACUCCAUGGGUGCUGCGAUCACUUUAGAGUACGCCGUGCGCUUCCCACAGCGUGUGGAGCGGCUCUGCCUCUGUGCUGCAGCGCCCAAAGUGGGCCAGGCAGCCUUCGAGAAUUGGAUGAGGAUCGCCGGUGAUGGCCGCUCAUGGGAUCAGCAGGUGAUCCGCAAGACCGUGGCCGUCGUGAAUAUUUCGGAUGACUUGAUCAAACAGCUGCCAGCACCCACCUUCCUCAUCAACGCCAAGGACGACACCUUGACGCCCUUGAUCGGCUCGGAGAUGAUCAAGGCCAAUCUCCAGAUCUCAAUGCUCUAUGUGCCGGAGUUCGGCGGUCACACCUGCUUGGUAAGGAACGAUGCUGCGAUGGAACGCAUGGUGCAGUUUCUCUUUGCGGACGCUGCCAUGAUGUUUGUGGUGGAUGUGCUGCUGGAGGAACAGCUCACGAGCAGCUGGAACCUGCCGAAGGAUCCGCAUUUCGUGAGAUAUUACAACUGCGGUCGUGUCCUGGCGGAGCUGGAGAGCCUGGAGCGGUCGCUGCGGAUGACGCCGAGGCAGCUGGAUUUUCCACAGCUUCAGCAGCAGGUGGAGGAAGAGAUGUGGCACGUGCUGCGGCGGCUCCAGAUGCAGCCGCCUGGCGGAGCCGAGUCCCCGCGAGAGCUGGUGAUGGCGGAAAUGUUACGCCUCACCGGUCGCAUGUCCUCGGUCUCGCGCGAGGCCGUGCAGCGCGCGCAGGUCUGGUGGCGCGACAGCGGCGCGGCCUUCGUUGCGUCGUCGAAGACGAAGCGGAGCUACACGGUGGACGCCUGGGGAAGACGACGUGGAGGGAGCAGUCAAGGUGUGUGUCAUCUCUACCGCUGGUCGCCUCUAUCAGUGCCUGUGAGCCUCAGAACACGCCUGGCAAAGGGCGCGGAGGGCGCGUUGAAGAUGGAGUACUUCGCAUGUCAUUGGUGCGGCGGGCCUCCUGCAGCACAUGAAGAUAAGGGACCAGCCAGUCAGGAGGAGCUCUUGGAGCAGCACCCCUUCGCUGCGCUGCGCUCGCCCAAGGUUCAGCUCUUUCCGGAGGCCGGCGGACGGCCCUUGGCGGACGGCCCAGACCGGAUCCAUUCUUCCGAGGGCUACCAGUCCUUGCAGCCGCUCUCGGCCCAGUGAGUCGAUCAGAGCCAUGCGACG